AUGAAAUUAAAUUUUGAUGGUGCAAGUAGAGGUAAUCCGGGUCGGAGUGGUCUGGGAGCUAUCAUCAGAAAUGAUGUUGGUGAGGUGGUGCAUGCCAUAUCAGGUCUGGUUGGAGUAGCUACUAACAAUGUGGUAGAGAUUUCCAUGCUGGAGGUAGGGCUUCGGUGGUGUGCUAGUAAUGGGGUUGUCAAACUCAUAAUUGAAGGAGACUCUCAGGUCAUCCUUAAUGGAGUUAUCAAAUUCAUAUUCCAAAACUGGCAGUUGCAGAGCUGGAUCCCGAGGAUUAAUUUGCUUUUGAAUUCUCUAGGUGAUUACCAUAUUCAACACAUGUUUCGGGAAGGCAACAAAGCAGCAGACUAUUUGGAGAACAUGGGGAUUGAGGAUGAUUUUGCCAGAGAAUUUGGAAGGGAUGAUAUGAUGCCGAUUGGACUUAAGGAGAUCAUAUCCCUUGACUUGUUUUCAAUCCCAAAGUCUGGAAUUGGAUAA